AUGUCUGACUCAGCUGCUCCAGUUGCCGCUCCAGCCUCGCCGAAGGCCCCAGCCUCCCCCAAGGCCAGCCCUAAGGCCAAGAAGGUCGCCAAGGCCCCCAAAGCCAAGGCAGCCGCCAAGCCCAAGACCCCCGCCAACCAUCCUACCUACAUCGACAUGAUCAAGAAGGCCAUCACUGAGCUCAAGGAGAAGAAGGGAUCCAGCCGUGCCGCCAUCUUGAAGUACAUCCUCCAACACUACAAAGUCGGAAGCAACAUUGUUGCGGUAAGUAUCGGGGGGUAAUGGGAUCAUCUGGCCGAAAGCAUUAGUAUCAUAGCCUUCAUAUUAGAGACUUCUUCUAGUCGUAUCGAUAUUGCAAUUGCUUCACUAUUACUUAGUUUACUUAUUGAGCUUUUCUUUCAGAUUAACGCUCAUCUCCGCCAAGGAUUGAAGCGUGGAGUUACCACUGGUGCCUUGAAGCAGACCAAGGGAGUUGGUGCCUCCGGAUCCUUCCGUCUGGCUGACUCUGCCCCCAAGCCAAAGAAGGCGCCCAAGGCCAAGAAGCCAGCUGCCGCCAAGAAAGCCCCAGCCUCCCCCAAGCCCAAGAAGGCCGCCGUUAAGAAAGCCGCCAAGCCAAAGAGCCCAGCCAAGGCUAAGGCCCCCAAGGCCAAGAAACCAGCCGCCGCUGCCAAGCCCAAGAGCCCCGCCAAGAAGGCCGCGCCCAAAAAGGCCGUCGUCAAGAAAUCGCCUGCGAAAAAGGCCGCUCCCAAGAAGAAGGCCGCCCCUAAGGCCAAAGCCUAA